AUGUUCUUCAGACGUUUCUCAGCUCUCUUAAUUUGCACAUCACUGGCGGCACACGUCGGAGCAGCAUUAUUCUCUGACCCCUCUUCGACGGUGGUCAAGCUUUCCUACGGCUCCUUCGAAGGAAAAACUACAGGAAACCUGAUCGAAUUUUUUGGCAUACCAUUCGCUGCUCCUCCUGUGGGCGACCUCAGGUUUGCCCCUCCGGCGAAGCCAAAGCCCUUCAAAGGAGUCCGUCAGGCGACUGCCUUUGCCCCAGCGUGUCCUCAGCAGAUAUUCGAUCUCGAUAUUCCAGGCCUUGUGGUUCCGGAGAAUGUCUCUGAAGAUUGCCUAUACCUUAAUGUCAUCAAGCCCGCUAUUAUCCCACCUGGGAAGAAGCUUCCUGUCCUUUUUUACAUCUACGGAGGCGGAUUCGAAGUUGGCGACACGAGCCAGAUAGUCGGAGACACCUUGGUCAACCGUUCCAUUGCCCUCGGGGAGCCGAUUGUCUACGUAACUGCGUCGUAUCGCAUCAACGCUUUCGGGUUCCUGGGCGGAAAAGAGGUCAAAGACGCAGGUAUUGCGAACGCGGGCCUACUCGAUCAACGAUUUGCGCUUGAGUGGGUCCAGAAGUAUGUCAGCUCGUUCGGAGGAGAUGCAAAUCAGGUUACUAUCUGGGGUAUCAGUGCUGGCGGUAUCUCUGUAGGAUUACAGAUGCUCCUGAACGACGGAAACACCCAAGGGCUAUUCCACCGGGCAUCCAUGGGCUCAGGCUCUCCCGGCGUUCUCCCCAACGUCCUCAAGCAGCAAGAAUACUUCGACAGCCUCGUCGCCGACACUAACUGCACCACCGCGCCGAACCGCUUGAAGUGCCUCAGAGACGCGCCGUUCGAUGAUCUGAUGAAAGCGAUCAACAGGACGCCGAACUUGUUCUCGUUUCAAAGCGUCAGGAUCGCGUGGCAACCGAUGGUAGAUGGGAAGACGAUUGUGCGAGACCCGCAGAUUUCUUUGCAAUUGGGCAAGUUUGCAAAGAUCCCUACUAUUGCGGGUACAAGCGAGGAUGAGGGGACGAUCUUCUCACUGUCGACGACCAAUCUAACGACCAACACCCAAUUCCUCGAUUACGCGAAGUCCAACUUCUUCCCGAGGAUCUCGGACUCUGACUUGAAAGCUCUGGAGACUCUCUAUCCUGACGACAUCACUCAGGGAUCUCCAUUCAACACCGGAACGGAGAACGCCAUCACGCCACAAUUCAAGCGACUUUCGUCCCUACAAGGAGACCUCGUGUUCCAAUCUCCACGCAGGACUUUCUCCCAGAUCGCGUCGAAGACACAGCCCGUCUACGGCUACAGAUUCAAGCGUGCCGGGCCUGCCCCACUAGGCUCACUCCAUGGUGGUGACCUCACAGAAUGGAUCGGGAACACAGCUGGUCUCAUUGGCGCCGACGCUAUCAUAUACUUUACGCGGACCGGAAAUCCGAACGCACCGAAGAACUCGAUCAGCCUGCUCAAGGACGCCAAGUGGCCCUUGUACGACUCGUCCGUUCAGAACCCACCCCUCUUCACGUUUGUCGACCCCUUGCCGUCGGUCAACAUCACUUUUGACACGGAUCGUAUUGAGCCCAUGAAGUUGAUCAGCAAGCUCUCGUUCAAUGAGAUCGGUAACCGAGGAGUUUGA